GCAAAUAUUUCAAUAAUUAAAAUAAAUUAAUAUGUGGGGUCGUAAAAGCUUUGAAAGCAAUAAAUCUCAAUUACUACGGGUUCACAACGCACAAAAUGCAGAAUUCGAAGAUCAUCUAUCUCUUUUACUUAUGUGGUUCAUCAGAACUGCUUGGAUGGAACGUGUUAAAUUCGUGGAAGAUUUACUGAACAAGACCAAAGGUUUAAAUGUUAUUGGUAACAUUAUUAAUACUACACGUGGAAAUGUGUAUAAAGAAUGUAUUUAUAUUGCAACACAGUGUGAAACUGACAAUUUAUUUGACAAAAUUAUAUUUGAUGAUAAUAGAACGAUAUCUAGUGCUACAUUUUAUGAAAUAAGAGAAAAAGACUUGACAUGGUUUGGUAAUUUAUCAGAAUCAAGGCAAUUCGAAGUUUUAAUGGAUUCAGUUACUACCUAUUUGGAUAAAUCGCCGAAUCAUAAGUUUGUUAGAUCCUAAAACCAUGAAAAUUGCUAAGAAAGUCAAUAAAUAUUGGAACAGGCUUGUGAAGGCCGUAGAAGCAGAAAUGCAACUUAAUAUACAAAUAGAAAAAGCAUUGAUAAAACAA